AUGUGUGCCCUUGCACCGGUAAAAGAGCUUGCGGUCGUGUGCGUGAGAGGCUGGCGAGAGGCGUGGGGACACAGACUGGUAGAUAUAGUGGAUGAAAUCAAAAACAGAUUUGAAGAUAUUUUGAUGAUGGAAAUACCACCAUGGAUCAUAAAUCCAUUUGACGAAACUGAAGUGGCGGAUGUGGUAUUACAAGAGGAACUACUCGAGCUCAGCACCAAUGAAGAACUGAAGGUGCAAUUUAAAAAAGGCUACCAAAGAUUUUGGCUGCAGGCAAAAAUACUCGAAAAAUAUCGAGAUAAAUAA